AUGGAGGAAGGUGGGAGCCGCCGGGCGGCCGUCCUCCCGGACGAGCUCAUCGUCGAGAUCCUCGCGCGGCUGCCGGCCAAGUCGCUUUGCCGCUGCAAGUGCGUGUCGCGGGCCUGGCGGACCCUCAUCUCCGAUCCGGACCACCGCGGCAGGUUCGCGCAGACGCUGUCGGGGCUCUUCUUCUCCCGUCACCGCGGCAGCCACCCGCCCUGGCCCCGUGGAUUCGUCGGCCUGCCCACGUCUCCGCCUGGGGUCGAUACGGCUCUCUCCUUCCUGCCCGCCCCCGCCCCCCCCCCCGCCCCCCACCUGCUGGGACAUGGAUCUGCUGGACUCUUGCAACGGGCUGCUCCUCUUGCGGUGCCAGGACACAAGGGAACGGCCUUCACCACCGCCCUUCUACGUCGUGUGCAAUCCGGCCACCGGGGAGUGGGUUGCAGUGCCCCAACCGAGGCACACCCCGGGGCUAUGACCUUUUUCGGUGGCUUCCUACAUUUCUGCAACGUCUCCAAUGCUGCUGUCAUCUCGGUGGACACAGAGGUGCAGGCAUGGAGGAUCUCCCAUGUACCGCACAAUGUAAGUUAUGGUGGCCUCUUUUCUAUUGGCAUGCGGCACAAUGCAAGUUAUGGCCGUUCCUCUACCAUCAGCCACUCUCAGGGGCGCCUGCUUUAUGUGUACGAUAAUGGUUGGCAGGAUCAUGACCUGUCAAUCUAUGUUCUUGAGGAUCAGGACAGCGAGGAGUGGACAUGGAUCCUCAAGCAAAGCAUCGACAAGCCGAACCUAUUUGGACCACGAGGGGGAUGGGACUACUGCAUAACUGCAUUUCAUCCAAAUGCCAAUUUGGUUUUCUUCUAUGAUUGGAAGCAGAAAACACUGAUGGUCUAUGAUAUGAAACACAAGGAUGUGCAUGUUAUCUGUACUCUUGGAGAAGUGGUCAAGAUUGAACUUGAUUUAAGGUGCAAUGUGCAUCGCCCGUUUCUACCAUAUGUUCCAUUAUACACAAGGGCAUUAACAUCACCUAGUGUCAACUAG